GCCGAAGAUGUCGGCUCAGUCAUGUGAUCAGCUGUGUCCAAUCACAGCUGAUCACAUCAGUGCCACCUGUCAGUUUUCAUCAAUGCCAACUGUCAGUGCUCAUCAAUGCCACCUGCCAGUGCCCAUCAGUGCCACAUCAAUGUCACACAUCAGUGCCUACCAGUGCACGUCAAUGCCACAUAUCAGUGCCCAUCUGAGCUGCCUUUCAGUGUCACCUAUCAGUGCCAGUCAGUGCCACCUAUCAAUGCCAGUCAGUGCCACCUAUCAGUGCUGCCAAUCAGUGCCGCCU